UGCAUGCCGAAACGUCGUGCUGCGAGGGGGCACAGGGUUGGAUCUCUUUGGGAACGACACCAUGAACGGUGGCGACACCGAUGAAAGCGUUCUCGUGCUCAACUUUCGAAACGAAAUCGCGGAUAUUGUUUCAACCAUACGAGAAGCAAAGAGUCGUAAGCUUGGCGACAGUGAGAUGGACGCUGGUGGGCAGAUCCAGUGCGAAGUUGGCUGCUUUGGUGUGACUUGCCAUAAGCUGCAGCAUUUGAAGCGCCGCGUGCGUGAGCAGCUGUCGUUUUCGUCGGCUCUGGAGCUACUAGUGCAGUUUGGCGAUGCCUUCUUUCAGCUUCAAGAAUGCACCGCCAGCAUGGCGUUUUUCCAUGCAGCAAUCACGUUGUUUGAAGGGUCCACCAAACGACAAUACCAAGAUCAUGAAAUAUACAUUCGCGCGGCGUAUGCGCACGCUCUGAGCCGCGUUCGAUUACUCAAGGCUGCUGAUCCAUGCAUCGCGUACCCUUCCACACUCCGAGAACUAGUUGACGUCCUCCACGCCAUGGAGAAGACGCUGUGCCUAGCAGUGCAGCUGGCCCUGGACCCAAAAGUCCAAGACAACAGUGUCAAUCAUGCGAAAUUCGUCGCGCACGUCCUAAAUGGCACAACUCACAUCAUGGGGGUGUGCACACCAAUGAAAACUCUCGGGUUUGAAGCAGCCAUGCUGCCAUUCAUCAAGUUGGCCGCCUUGGUUCUCGAUUCCGUCAUUCAGCUUUGCACUCUGAAGUAUUGUCUGUGGCGAUGCCACAUCUACGUGACUGUCGCCGAAUGCUACGACGCGCUGGCCAGGAAGCAUCCUACCCAGCGAGAACGCCUGUGGAAAUCUGCUCUUCUCGCCAUUGACCACGGCGUGUCUCGCGUAGCACAGUUACGACGAGAAGUAGAGCUCGACCCACCGGUUUCAGACUCAACAAUCCGAGUCCUCAAGCAAGCUGAUGACAAGCUUCAGAGGUCCCGGUUCGUGAUUCAAAAACUCAUCAAAGCGACUGCUACGGCCCCUUCACCAGCUGCGUUGGGGGCGAGCCCAACCUCGACUUCAGCUCAUCCCGGUCAAAUUUUGAUCUCGCUGUCGAAAGACGAAAUUCAAGUUGCCUUUCCGAACUCCGAAUCUCGCCUCUUGGUCAUCUUAGCUAGCCUCGACAAGCUGUGGAAACCUCAAUCGAGUCUCAAUCUCCUCCGCAAGUUUGAAGUGAAGCCACCUUUUGCUCUGACCACCUCUGACACGGACGGCAUCGCCACGUACGCGUCGUCCCUGGCAGCAGACACGAAGUUCACCGAUGGAUUGCACAUUUGCACCCUCAAGCUGCUCUUCCGCUUUCGCAAGUGGCCCUUGUUCGUUGAGAUGUACCACGCAACGAAACCUCAACUGGACCCCACGACGAGUGCAGUGGACGCAACCGAAGUGGACCUCCUCUUUGCAGUUUACGAGCUGCUUGAAAAUGCAAGCGACCGGUUUCGCUUGUUCAGCGUGGUUUCGCACCUGCGACAAGCAUGCGAGAUCCGCGAGAUGUGUGAGUUGAGGCACGAUGUGCUCGUCGAAAUCAUGCUCUUUAUUUGGCACGACUUUGCUGAACCAAUGCUCGAGUCGUUGAGCAAGACUCGCCAGGAUCAAGAAUGGAACGCACACUUAGCCCGGGACGCCUCGCGAGUUCUGAUGGCACUCCAUGUAUCAUCUCAUGAACUGCAAUUCGACGACAUCGUGUGGCGAGGAACUUUGGCGCUCCAUUUGGCCAACCUCCUCGACCUACUGACCCAACCAAGAUUAGCGAUUCAAAUUCUUCGAGUUGCGCAAGAUGUCAUGUCGGCUGCUCGUGACGCCAUGGUCAGUGUCGAUGUUCACGAUGCCUCCGUCGACACGCCACAGGGCCUGGCUCUACUCAGUCAUUCUGCCAUCAACGCGGCGCCGAUUGCCGGCGAAGAUAUCAAGCACCCAUCUCCCCUAAUUCAAGGUACAAUGUUUCAACAAGCCAAGCUGGGAUGGAUGGUCGCAUCCAUCCAAACCGAAAUUGCAUUUCGCUUGUAUGGCAUGGAGCUGCAAGUUGCCAAAGCAAGGAGUGCCAUGACGUUGGUGACCGUCGCCAAGCGCCUCCGCUUCGAAUGCAAUCAAAACGGCUACCUGCGUGGCAUCUUGGCCAUCCAACUCGCUCGAUUCAAAGCCAAAAGCGCAAGCGAUGAAGAAAGGUUGCUGCAGGAAGCCUUGACUUGCUUCGAUCACAUUCAAAAGCACGACGGGCAGGUUGCAGGUGCCAGACCGGUGCAAUCCCAAAGCACCCCCAUGCACUCCAAGCCUCGAGCGCCGCUGCUUGUGUCGCGGGGCUCAACCUUUGUCACGAUUGAAAUUGUGCCGUACAAUCCACGUGGAGUCCACAUUGCAUACUAUUGCGUGUUUGGAAAGGGAACUGGCGCAGGCACGGACGUAUCUCUCAACAACAUGGAGUUCCCGGGAACGGGAACCAUCCGAGUCCCGACAUCCCGUCCAACUUUGGCGACGGUAUCAGGGCUCCUGCCCAACGAGAGCUACGUGUUUGCAGUGGCCGCCUACGAUGCCCAUGAUCAAGUUGUCGAAGGAAUUGGCGCGACAUCGGCUCCCAUCCUCACGUUGAAUCCGCUGGUCCUGACCAUGUGCUACGGCAUUCUGGCCAAGGAAGCUGCCAACUUGAACCACAUAGCCAUCGCAACCAAGGCAGCGGCCACGGUGUACACGGAGUUUGUGUCGUUGGACGGUGCAAAUCGGGACAAGUGGCGCUGUAGCCCACUGUUUUCGCACGCGCUUAGGAUUUACAGGGCAAAGAAACAGACCGCCUCGGGCGUCAUCAUGCAAUACCCGAUGCAGGUCGUGCACAUGUUUUUCACAACCAUGUUGAUCCUCAUCGAUGCUGAAGUCGACCACCCGCCAGACUCACCCACCAACAUCGGACGUCCCGUUGUCUACACCGCGGUCUACAAAGCCCAAGUGACGGAAGCCAUUGGCAAGUGCAUGAUAUGCCUGGAAGUUGCAUGCUUGACAGACCAAAGCGACUUCAUCUGCACCAUUUCGCACAAAAUGUACCAAUUGAUGGUCCCGAUGUUGCGCCAUGUCCAAACGGGACGCCUGUUGCUCCAGGCGAUGUGUUUGUUGGUUCAGAGCCUUCAACUCGUUCCAACAGACCAGUGGGACGACUCCAUCUACGAAGUGUACAUGUGUGCCAGCUACGAAGUCCUCAGGAUCGCGACAGCCUCCAAGGAAGACAAAGUCGCGCAAAUUGCUUUGAAGCUGAGACUCGCUGCGGCGCCAUACAAUUUCAUGGUUGCCCCGUUUCACGUGCCUUGCAAAGAAGCUGCUGCGUUGCGCGAUGCGAUCUUCCUCUCGCGCACGUGGAGCGCUGCAGUCGACUUGAAGCCCGACCAACACGGUGAUGGAUCCGAAGGCGACAAAGGGCCAAAAAAGACGACGCCGCGGGACGACAAGCCUCUCAACGGAAACCAAACUCGAAUCGAAGAUGUGUUGCAAUGGACCAACGUCUCGGCGACGAAAGCAAUUGCCGAGUUGAAAUCCCAUUUCGCCGGUCACAAGAGCUUCAUGGCGUUUAUGUGUCGAGUCAUCAAGUUGGGGAUGGCCAACGGCGAGCGAAACGUUGGCGACUCGUUGAAGGACCUCCGUUGGCACUCAUCCCUCGAGCUAAGUCCCGAAGCAAACCACGUGCUCCAUGAACUUGGAGCGGGCCACCUUCACGUCGAAGCGAGUCCACCGACCCCUCAUGGACCCGAUGCAGUCAUCGACGAACCCAAGAGCGAGCAAACAGACAUUCCCAAGCCCAUCGACGUUUGCAAUCGUGACGUUUACUUGUGGAGCGGCGAAUAUUUCUACCUCAUGGGCCUUACUCUGCAUGCUGGACUGAACGCAGCCACCGUCGGGAAUCCAUUGGAAGGGCCCGACCACGAUAUCUCGUGGCAGUACUUUGCCACGCCACCGCUAGUUUCAACCGACCCUCCGAAAGCGGAGCACGAUCCAAAAGUGGAAGGCGCCUUGACCAACUUGACCACCGCAAGCCAGUUCUUCUAUCAUGCCCGUGCGUGGACCAACUUGCAAGCGUGUGUGCAAACCGUAUGGAACAUGCUGUGGGCCAAGUGGCUGUCGCCGGCAUCUUUCCAAAACCACUACGAUUGGCGAUCCCUCUACAUCUUGUCCAUGCGGUUCAUGGACAUGUUGGACAUGCUGAGCAACAACGUUGCAUUUGACGACGCCAACGUGAUCUAUCGAUCCACUGUCAUCAAUGACAUGGACGAGCGCGCUUCGAAUGCUCCACCUGUCCAGGUCGGUUCCAUCCCUGUCGACAUCGACAUCCCGUGGGCGGUCAAGUUUGUCACGUACGCGAUUCAGGUGUUGUGCACGGCGGGGGAAUGGGAGCGCCUGGUGCUUCUGGGCAAGCGUGUUUACGAUUUGACUGGGAGCGAGCACUCCGACCAAGUGCUGCCGUGGGUCGUAUACGCGCAGAGCCAACGGUGCGAUGGGCAACGCGUGGCGGUUGCUACAGCAACUGACGACUUGAGUCAGUACGUCAAGACUUUUGAAGAGCUCCAGGCAAAGAAGAAGAAGAAGAAAAGCCGACUGGUUGUGCACGAAGUGAUCACGGAAGAAGAACGCAACUUCCGAGAGGAACGAGAGCUCAAGGAAAUCAAGCUGAGGGACUUGAUCGCGUAUCAAAUGACACUGCAGCGCCAACUUGUCCAGGUCAAGACCUGGCUCGAACACGCAACCCGGUCCAAAAAUAUGUGUUUGCAAGUCCUCCACCGAACGCAAAAAGCCGUGACGAAACAGUACCUGUGCCAUGACAAGGCAAAGGAUAUCCUGGCCGGGUUUAAAAGCACCAUCUCGCUGUGUCGCCAAAAGCGCGCGACCCUGCUCCUGGUGCAGGUCCUACAAGAGCAAGGGGAUUAUCUCUUUGGCGAGGGCGACAUCCCUGGCGCCGCCAAGUCAUGGAACGACGGCAUCGAUGCUGUAUUUGGAGCGUUGGCCGCCACGACAAACUGGCGCUCAAUUGUUCCGGAGGCUACCUUACGCAUCGACGGCGACAACAUGUGGGUCAUCAUCAUGUGCUGCAACAUGCUGGGCAAGCUGGCGUGGAUUUCUCUCCACGACAACCUCAACCAGCGGCUUGAGUAUGCCCUCAUGAGCAGCGCGGCGUUUUGCAAGCUCUUCACAUGUGCAUUGCAGCACCCCAACGUCGAUGAACUCCACACGUUUUCCAACUACACGAUUUACCCGGACUUUGCGUCUUUGGCCAGCAAACCAUUACGAUACAUUCAGCCUGCCAGCAUCCUCCUCAUGUCCACCACCACCAUUGAAACGCUGUUGACGAACGGGAAAUUCGCCCAGGCAUUGCCUCUGGCGUGUGGGAUGCAGUAUUUCGCCAGUCGCCAUUUCCACGACACCCGUGGGGAGGCCCAGGCGAAGCGAAUGAAGUUUGAAGCGUGCGUUGGAAUGGGUCACAUGGACCAAGCCGUGUGCAUCUUGAGUGACUUGCUCAGCCACCACAGUAUGGCCUUGGAGCAAUCGAAACGCAUCGGGGACCCUGCCAACGAAGCGCUGCACAAAUGGCUGUUGGAGUUUUCGGUCGGAAAACUGGUCAGCGAUUGCAAACUCGGGUCGAGAUUGGCGUACCUGCUGUCGCUGUCUGUGUUGCGAUGGAUCAUGGCGCUGGCACUAAACGAAAGCACGAGUCCACAAGGAAUUGCCCUGAAACGUAUUGCGAAUCAAGUUGCGACCCAUCUCCAGGCAAGUGCGACGGGUGUGGCCAUUGCACCGGCGCAGGGCGACGAUACCCACACGACUCCGAAAGAAAAGAGCACACCCCGUGUGGCUGAACCCGACGCUGGACGAAGUGCGCCGACUGCAGAGAAACUUCACGUGGUGGACCAGACCAAGGUUGCCCUCGAGUGCAUGCUGGCGCAAUCGAUCCUGGCGCUGCAAGAAGGGCUGGCAGAUGCUGCCCGGGCGCACCUUCAAACCGCGAUGAAGCGGUAUCGAGAGACGACGAAAGCGACAGUGGACGACACUCAUUUUGAUUGUGUGUCGAGUGACCUGGGCGUGCUGUUCUGGCUUCGGUGCCGCAUCCAGUGGAUCAAGUGUGACUUGAUGCAGGGCCAUGUCAAAGCAGCAAUUGAAGGGUGCCAGAUCGCGGCGCAGGAGGCGCAGACUGCGAACGAAGCAAAGUUUCGACGGGAAAUUCAAGCGCUGCACUUCCAAGCGUUGGUGCUAGAAGGAAGUCGCGGGGAUGCUGAAAAGUUCGGGAUGGAGUGGCUCAAGAACGACGACGCCUUCUCUCCAACAACAACUCGAGUGGAAGUGCUCUUGCUCCUGAGCUACAUGUUAAACACCAAGGCGGCUGCGUCGACCUUGCCAGAGUCUUCCUUGCUAGCCAGUCUGAAGUACACACAAGCUGCCCUGGACGUCAUGAAUGCGAUCAUGAAGGAACACGGUUGGAUUGGGCUGCACUCGACUCCUUCCCAACACGCCCUUGUGAAUGUGUAUCAUCCGCACACUGCGCUGUACGUCGCUGUAAAAGCCCACGUCGUCUCUGCCAUGCUGGCUUUGCACGACACCGGCAUGGCGGCUCCAUCUCUUGCGCUCAUGCAAUCCCACGUUGAGGAUGGGCUGCGAGCGCUCGCCCACGUAUCGCUUCCCGAUCCCAAGCUCAAGGCCACGCUGCUGUACUUUCGUGGCUGUGUCAUGCGUCGACAGGACAAGACGUCGCACGAGUGCAUCCCGUUUCUUGUCGACGCCAUGCAAAUCUGGGUCAAAGAUGGACGCCACCCUCGAAAACUCAUGCAUCGGGCGUGCAUGGAGCUCGUCCAAGUCUACGGUGAAACGAACCACGCGACUGGCAACGACAAAGACAAACAAGCCCAGGCAGCGUACCAUUACCUCGUCAUGGCUUGCACCCUCAUGGAGCAACUGCACGUGCUGUGGCACACGACACAAGUUCAUGUCGUGACCGCGACUGCCCUCGACAAGUUGUCAGCCCCCGUUCAGCACGAAAUCUUGUCCGCGGCAAAGGCGUUGAACAACAACGCGUCGUUAGAUCAUGUGGGGUUUUUGAUUGUGCCGUACCUAAUGUCGUUGCAGCGCGAGCUCGACGUCAUCUACGACCGAGAACUGUCCAGCGCGAUGCACCAAACGAUGGCGACGCUGCACACGUUUUUGUUGCACAACCAUUCAGUGUACUCCAAACAUUGCUUCCAGUCCCUCACCGCGCCGCCCAAAGACGACCCAGAAAUUCCUGGUGGAUUGAUAUGUGCGCAAUGGGUCAACGGUCCCGCCAACGAACUCGUCCUGUACUUUGCGCUCGGAACAGCCACGAAUGCGACCGACCAACGGUUCACCGAGUCGCCCAUCUUGAGUCGAAAGGCGGGCCUGCACGCAAGUCGAAUCCAAGCCUUGAAGGCCAGCGUCGCCGGCAUUCGACUGAUCCUGCAGGACAAGGACGACAAAGCUCGCCCUGUGCAAGCGCACUUCGAUGACUUGAUGGCGGGAUUGCAUGGCGUUUUGCGCACCAACGACUCCGACACGGACGCCCCCCCGUCACAAAUCCCAUGCACCAUAGUCGAAGUCAAUCUGGUCGAACGGCUGCUAGACACAACGCACGGAGUAAACGCUGUGCACAACGGCUUGUGCUACGCUCUCCGGAAUGCACUGCACACGUAGCUUAUACAUAUCCGCACAAAUUUCCAAUUUAUCUUGUCCUUGGCAUCGAACACUUCUUCACGGCAUCAUGGCGGUGUCUGUGCACGCGGCGACAUGACAUAAAAAGCUAAGUUACGCAUGAACAACGACAAGUUUAAGCUCGUUGACCAACUGUCGCUUUUCGUCGGUCGCAGGAAUGCCAUCAAUGAGGUCGGUCAAGUCGGCAUGGUACAAUCCGACGAUCUUGCGAAGACUGGCCUCGCGCAGCAUGCGCAGCAACAUGGAUGACGUUUUCACGUCAUGGGCAAGACGGGCCGCAACGUCUAAAAACACGCCAUUGCAAUAUCGCAUGCCUUCAAAGACGUGGGGAAUGAAUUGGUCAAGCUUGGGAUCGACGAGAACUUGGACAAGUGACGUUAUGAGAUGCGGUUUCAGCACUUCUGGGGUUGGCAGCUUGUCCAUGGCGCUGGUUUUGGCGCUCACCGACGCAUACGACUUCAAGCAAACCACAAAUGCCAUGAGCAAGGCGAGCGUAUUGCCCUCCACGCUUUGCUUGGACAAAGUCGGAGCAAGAAUGGAAGAUAACGUGGGUCCAAAGUUGAGGGCAUUCAGCAAUCGGCACACUUGCGGGCACAACGCGUCGUUCCCGUCUGCAAACAAUGCGCUCAUGUAAAAGCUGAGAAGUGCACCGCGAUCGAAUUUAUUGAGUGACCCUUGGCCCGAUACGAUGUCGAUGACGAAGCUCUUUGCGUCCACCGAUAUUUCCUGUGCCUUGCAGCACGUGGCGAGUGACCUCAGAAACGUUGGCGGGUAUUUUGGCAAGUGGUGCAAUAGAGCCACGGCCUCCAACUGACUCGCCCACGGCAAGUGGCCGAACCAGACCGGACUCGUAGACGGCGUAAAGAACGCAACGACCGAAUUCGCCCACGACUCGAUGUGUUCCGAUGCUGCCACGUCGGUAGGCAUUCGAGACAAUACACCCAUGGACACUCGGAAUAUGGAGUUGAAAAUGUCGCGGUGGGUCGUUGCGUCCACAAGCGCAAGCAUGUACAGCCCAAAUCGGUCCAUCCAUUUGGAGAUCAUGGACCAGGACAUGGCUUCGAUCUACCACGAACGGUUAGAUUAUGAAUCAACAAGUCGAAUGGGAUUACCUUGCCUCGCGAUGUAGCCGUGAAGACGUGGGUUAGAUGUUGAAGGGCAAAGGCUGAACACACGCGAAACGUGGCCGAGUUUGGAACACUGCACAUGUACAGCGUCGUAAAAGCUUCGAGUAGUUCAGGACGGUCUCCUCUCUCCAGCAAAGACGUGACGAGCUGCAGCCGACCUUUGAGCAAGCUCGGUCCUUGGGCGAUUUGUCGAUCGGAUGUGGCGAGGGUUUCAAGUUCGGACUGGACAAACCGAGUGAGCACGCCGUCCAUAGUUGUUGAAUUCGACCCGGAUAAACAAUUGCAUCCACACUGCGCGAUGGCCAAAUUCAGAGCGCUCCAUACGUGCAUUGACGACGUAUCACCCGAGCUCAAGACAUCUGCGGGGGCUCGCGGGAAGUCGCUGAAAAACGUCUGUGACAACGACUUCAACGCUGGGUCGUCCACUUGCAUUUUCGACGCUCGGAAGAUAAUCGUCGACGCUUCCACAAUCAAAAUCAAGUGGGACAACACUGUAGGAGACAAUUUAGAUGAAUUGUCUCCGUGGCACUCCAUCCACAACCCAAGCAACGGCGACAGUAGCGACACCGCUUUCGCGGGCCAGGACAGGUCGUUGCAUGCCUGAGCCCCUUUGAUUGCUUCUCGGUGAGGACUCCAUCCAACUAAUUGCUGACGCGGCACGAGAAGGAGCGACUUGCAUGAAGCCAAGGCUAUCUGGUCGGUCACGGCAUUGGCUGCAGCGAUUGACGUCGCUCUGUCCAUCGCUUCAAGCAGUUUGUGAACAACUUCGACGGCGAAGAACCGGCCUUUCAACACACUCGACUGAAGCUGGCUUUGCUUUGCUUUAGCCUUCUCCGCAAACAAACUGUACGAGUUCUUCACGUGGACCGUAGUCGCCUUGGUCGUGAUGGUAUCCUUGAAGUUCUCGAGCAGCCGGCCGCACUCUUCUGAACUCAGUGCUCCGGCAAAGAGCAGAGCAAAACCAGGCACAUCCAGGACUGCGUUGAUGUGUCGCAAUACGUCGUCCCGAACACUUGGCUUGAUGUGCGUCAAGCCACUGCAGAAGUACACCUGGAUGAGCUGAGCAAACGGCACGAUCACGUUCUCCGACUUGGACGACGCAAGGCUGACGAAACAUUCUUUCCACGUCGUCACGCACGCCUCGCGCACGAUGGCUUCGUCGUCCACCAUAGCUUGCAACAUCCGCUCCAAGACAACGCCGAUGUUCGCGACCAGCGUUGUCGGAUGCAUGUGAAUGAGCUCCUUCAAGCUGAACAUAGCAUCGCGGCGAACGUGUGCGUUGUAAUGAGAGGCUUUGGACAGAAUAUCCUGCAGUGUUUGGUUGCGGUGGGUCACGGCCGCGCCCGACUUGUCUUGCAACAUGCUCUGUUCGGUCAUGUUGAUUCGACGGGACUGGAUCGACGCAUUCGUCACGUUCGACUGUACGACCUUCCGCCCGACCUUUCGCUUUGGGCGCUUGAAGUCACCAGGCUUCUUCUUCUGACCCCCUUUGCCUCCACUUCCCUUGAGAUUCACCAUGAUCGGCAAGUCCUCCACUGUCGCCGGCGGAUGUCGCGCCAAUUCAAGUGAG